GAAGGUUAGAAAUAAGCACAUUUUCAGAUUUUUUGUUCGAUAUGACAUAUGUAGCAUUUAAUGGGUAAUUGUGCAGGAAAGCACGUCUCUUCUCCUCCUGCAGAACAAAGUAGCGAUGUUAAUGCGUCGCAUAAUCCGUGUGAGCCCUCCAAAUAUGUCGUGAGAACAAGUUCUCAACCUAUGGACUUGUGUGAUAUUUACAAAUCUAAUUCCUUAAAAGUAAUCCACGAAGAUGGACUAAUAAAUGAACUAGGAAUAACAAACGAGCAUGAAAACGCUUCAUCCUGCGUUACUCGCGAGAGAUUUUCUACUGGCAGAGACUUGUCUUUUGGGAGCAAGUCCAAUCUAUCAACUCCGAAAACUUCUCUUGUCAAUGUUUUCGCAGGAAGCCAUUGCACUGAAGGUCUUCAGGAAACAUUACUUUCUGGUAGCUUUCACCUUCCGAGGUUGGCUUUAGAGCAGAUGACAAGAGAUAUGAGGGUUCAUCAUUCUGGCGUACGAAACAGUGCGAAUUUCGAUUACUUAGAUAAUAAGCAUUCUGUGAGUCCAGUUCACUGGUGCGUUUCCUCAAGUAAGCCGUCAGACGAAAUUACUAUGCAGAAGUUAAAUUCUCCACAACGGAGUAAUAUUCAUGUACAGUCACAUUCGCAUUUACAACAACAUUCCUCGUUGAAUAUUAUGCCUUUCUUGGUUGGCAACAGGUAUUCCCGAAGUGGCUGUGCAAGUGUCACUCGAAGUGCGAUGGAAUCCCCACUCACAAUUGAUUCAGGGACUCACAAAUCGGACAAGCCAUACAGAUCAUCUGUUGUUGUUGACUCCAAUCGUCUGAAAAAUCUUGAGCAAAAUGGCGGAACAGUUAGCACUGCUGCAACAAUUUUUAUGGAAAAUGGUAGUUCGGAUCAUCAUUCUUCCGUCGGUGGUCUUUCAACUCGUUACCUUGUUCAUCAGCCUUAUUUUCCUCCAAGUGCCGGCUCAUCCAGUCGUCUUAGUUUGGGUUCGGUUGGUCCAUGUGUUAAUUCGAAAAAGUUUUACUCUCUUACACAAGAAAACUCCCACAACAGUGAAUACUAUCACAUUGCCAUUUUCGACUAUGAAGCUCAUACAUCAGAGGAAGUUAGUGCACGAAAAGGUGAUCAACUUCGAGUUUUGGAUUUAAGUGAUUCAGAAUGGUGGUUAGUUGAACAUUCUGGACAAGUUGGUUACAUUCCAUCAUCUUAUUUAGCUCAAGCCAAUUCUGUUGAAGCUGAAGAUUGGUACUUCCGAAGUAUAUCAAGAAAAGAUUCAGAACGUCUUUUAUUAUUAAAAGGAAAUAUUCGUGGGACAUUUCUGGUUCGAGCUAGUGAAACAACAAAUGGUGCUCUAUCCUUGUCAGUGCGUGAUACAGAACAACAAAGAGGUGAAACUGUAAAACAUUAUAAAAUUAAACAAUCCUCUGAAACUGGUGAUGUGUAUAUAACUACAAAACAAGUCUUUCCUGAUUUAAAAUCAUUAGUUAUUCAUUAUUCUAAUCAAGCGGAUGGUUUAUGUUGUUGUCUUACACGUCCAUGUCCAAGACCACCUCCUGUACCAACUGAUUUAUCAAGAUUAACAAGAGAUCAGUGGGAAAUUUCACGUUCCUCAUUGAAAUUAAUUGAAUUAUUAGGUGCUGGUCAAUUUGGUGAAGUUUGGAAAGGAAAAUGGAAUGAAACUAUUGAAGUUGCUGUGAAAACAUUAAAACAAGGUACAAUGACUAAAGAAGAAUUUCUUAAAGAAGCACGUAUUAUGAAGCAAUUACAUCAUCCAAGACUUGUACGUUUAUAUGCUGUAGUUACAGCUGAACCAAUUUAUAUUAUUACUGAAUUAAUGAAAAAUGGUAGUUUAUUAAAAUAUUUACGUGAUGGUCCUGGCAAAGAAUUAGGAUUGAAACCAUUAAUUGAUAUGAUGGCACAAAUUGCCAGUGGUAUGGCUUAUUUAGAAAAGGAACAUUAUAUUCAUCGUGAUUUAGCCGCAAGAAAUAUACUUGUCGGUGAAAAUAAUUCAGUGAAAGUUGCUGAUUUUGGAUUAGCUCGAAUUAUUGAUAGUGGAAAUGAAACAUAUACAGCUAAACAAGGUGCUAAAUUUCCUAUAAAAUGGACUGCACCAGAAGCUGCAUUAAUGGGUAGAUUUACAAUUAAAUCAGAUGUAUGGUCAUUUGGUAUUGUUAUAUAUGAAAUUAUUACUUAUGGACAAGUACCAUUUCCAUCAAUGAAUAAUACAGAAACAUUACAACAAGUAGAAAAUGGUUAUCGUAUGCCAUGUCCAUUAAAUUGUCCUAAUUCUAUAUAUGAAAUAAUGUUAAAUACAUGGGAUGCUAAACCAGAAUGUAGACCAACAUUUGCUUUUUUAUGUAAUUAUUUUGAAGAUUAUUUUACAUCAUCUGAAUUAUCAUAUCGUCCAGCUGAUAAUAAUACUAAUAAUAAUAUUGAUGAUGUUAAUAAUAAUGCUGAUGAUAAUAUUCGAAUGUUUCAUUGUAAUAAUAAUAUAAAUGAUCAUGAUCAUUGUCAAAAUAAACGUCAUUUAGAGAAACGUAAAUUAAAUUCAACUUUAUUAAAUCAAGAUACAACUAUCCUAUAUGAUCAACGUAAUAAUAAUAAUACGAAUAUAAAUAAUCAACAAAAUGAACAUUCUCCAUCGCAUCAUUUCAAUGAGAAUUCAAUGACAACACAAGAAUUAUCAAAUUCAUCGCAUAUUUGUACAGUUCAAAUGUGUUAAUUAUCUAAUGUUUGUAUAUAUAUAUAGCACACACAUACACACACACAAUACAAGAUUUAAUAUAGUUCACAACUCAUUCAUUGAUCCUUUCAUUGUUUCAUUUGAAUUAGUUCCCUUCUGUUUCUCUUCUUUAUUUUUUUUGUUCUUCUUUCAAUUUAAACAAAUAAUCAUCAUGUAUUCAACUUUAAACUCACUUUUUUUUUGAACGUUUGAAAGUGCCUUGUAUUCUUAUUCACUUUUACUUACUUACUUAUUAUUAAACAAAAUAUUCAUUAUUAUUAAAAUAAACUUGAUUGUUUACUGAUUUUUAAUUCAUUGAACUUUGAUCCAGGGCCUAAACCACAUUAUGAAAGACAACACUCUCUUUCAAUAUAUAUAUACAUUCUUUCCUAUUAUGAAUUCUUUUCCUUAAAAAAAAAAAAAAUCCCAUCUCCCGGUGUUUGUUUAUACAACUGUACAAAUAAGGAUAAUCACUCAACUAUAGUAAUAAUAACAACAACAAACAAACAAAACAUGUUUUAUACCCUUUCAUCAUACAUAAUUGAAAUUGAAUUUCUUUUAACGGUUAUUAACUAGAUAAUUUAAAGAUAAAACUUUUUAAUGAACAUUAAGUAAACUAAAUUUUUUUUCUUUCUUCAUUGAUUUACUCCUUUUUUUAAUUGUAGUAGUAACUAUGUAAGAAACUUUAAAUAUUGAAAAUCAAUAUUUCCAUUUAUAUGAAUAUUCAUCAUCUUUGAUUAUAUAUAUAUAUAUAUGGGCUCAUUUCUUUGUUUUUUUGUUUCUUCUUCUCUACAUCAUGACAAUUGCAUUUUGUUUGUUUUUUUCGGAAAUGUCCCUUCAUUAUUGAUAUAAUCGUUUCUGAUUUUUUUGUUUAUUUAGAAGUUACAGAAGGAGAAUAUUGUCUGCUUUAAUUGUUGCCUAAUUAUAGAAAUUUUUUUUUAUAUUUUUUUAAAAAAAACUGAAUGAAAUUCAUACAAAUGAAUAAUGUUAGAAAGAUUGUCUUUCUAUUUAGCGCAUAGCAAUUGGAUGAUACAUUGACCAUUUCAAUGAAUCAUUACAACAAUUUCUUUGUUCUGGUUUCUUUUGUUUCUGGUGAAUUUUUUUUUUAGUUACAGAUGAUAAUCAUACAAUUCAAAUAGGCUUACUCUUCAUUUCAAUACCAAUUUGAUAAUAAUAAUAAUAAUAAUUAUGAUGAUGACGAUAUCUAUUUGUAUAAUUUAAUAGGAUUUUCCAUUUCAUUUAUGCAUUACAUUUAAUAAACAUGUUGUAUCAUUGAUAGAUUGUAUGGAUCCCUUUUACUUCGUCUACUUCUUCAUCUCUUAUUCUCAUAUCUUUUGAUGGUCAUCUUCUUUUCUAGUGUCUUGUCUCUUUUUUAUUGAUUUAAAUUAGAUAAUACAAAAGAGAAAAUAACAACAUCAACAACAACCUCAGGAUGAAAUAUUGAUUGAU